CGCUCAUAAGUCUGCACCUAAGCAUAACACAACAACUGGGAAGAGACACCUACAUAUGUUCCUUGAGGAUAAGGAAGGCAUACACAUCUCAGCCAUGGUAUUUGACCAUGACGUAGAGAUGUAUGAUAUGACUAUGAAGCUCAAUUCAUCUUAUCACAUCUCAAACGCUAAUGUUCGCGUACCACAGAACUCCUACAAAGUGCCAGAUAUGAGGUAUGGGUUCACAUGGGUUCUCAAUCGUAGAACAGCUAUUCAACCAUGUGAAAAUGCAAAUGAAGCUGAAGAUUUUGAGACUAAAAGGGUCUCCAGAUUCAGUGACCUAUAUCAGCACAUGAAGACUGGGCGGCACAUAU